AAUUGUACUGCUAGCUUUUCCGAUUUCCAUUUUGCAGUUACUGCCGCCGAUCCUCCGCCACUGCUAGUGGUAGUAGUACGUGACUGCGCGCGCAACCACCCGAGAAUGGCGUCGACGUCGUCUAGUUCGAGUUCAAAUCCGCCGCCGCCGGCUAGUUCGAGUUCAAAUCCGCCGCCGCCGGUUGGGAAUGUCGACGGCAUAGCGCAGACUUGCUGGGUCAAGUUCAGGAAGAAGGCGAUAUUCGCGCUCUACACUCCCUUAAUCGUCUCUUUGGCGUCGGGAAAACUCAAGGACGAGACGUUCAGACAGUACGUCGCAGAGGACGUUUAUUUCCUCGAUCUAUUUGCUACAGUGUUUGAGUUUGCAGAAGGAUACGCAGACGAUAAUGAAGCAAUGCAUGGGAUUAAAGAGUUGAGGAUGAUUACAAGAAAUAAGGUCGACUGUUUUCGCCGGGAAUGGCGCUCUGAUUUGGUCAAAGACGAUGCUAUUCCGAAUCCAGCAACUUCUAAGUGCAUAAAUUUCUUGUUGGCUAUAGCGUCGGGAAAGAUUGAUGGGAUCAAACCUUUUGAGAAAACCAAGUUUUCCGCUUAUAUCCUAGGCGCUUUCACAUCUUGCAUGAGGCUUAAUGCGUACAUUGGUAAGGAGGUGCGGGAACUUUUUUUCGAACAUGAAACUAAUCAUCGCUGCAAGAAGUGGAUUGAGAGUUACUCCUCAGACAGUUUCCAGGAUUUUUGUUUGCAAACAGAGAAGGUGCUGGACAAGUUAAGUGUGGCUUUGAGUGUGGAGGAGCUUGGCAUCAUUGAAGGACUUUAUUCUCAAGGAAUUAAACAUGAGAUAGAGUUUUUCUUAGCUCAGCCACUUAUUCAGAAAGCUAUUGUACCCCUCUCAGGAGAGCAUAACCUAGAAGAACGCCGACUGAUGAUAUUUUCCAAUUUUGAUUUGACAUGCACUUGUGUUGAUUCAGCUUCCACCUUGGCAGAUCUUACAAUAGAAACAGCUCCAGAAUCUGAUCAAAUCCCAAUAGAAAAUCAAUUUGCACGUAUGACAUUGUCUGAUCUAAGAGACAAUUGGAAAGUUAUCGCCAAGAAGUACAGAGAUGGGUAUGAGCAGUGUAUAGAGAAGUUAUUAGCCACUGAAAAAGCGGAGAAGUUGAACUAUGAAGGUCUGCGAAAAGCACUUGAGCAACUUUCAGAUUUUGAGAAAGAAGCAAAUUUAAGGGUGAUUAAAUCUGGUGUGCUUAAAGGUCUUAAACUGGAAAACAUAAGACGAGCUGGGGAGCUUUUGAAACUCCAAGACGGUUGUAUGGAUUUUUUCAAAACUAUAAAAAAGAAGAAUGCAGAUGUUCAUGUGAUCUCCUAUUGUUGGUGUGGUUAUUACCUCAUUAGAUCUGUGUUUUUAACAGGGGGUAUAGAUGACUUAAAGGUGCAUGCGAAUGAGUUAGAAUUUGAAGAAUCUUUGUCCACUGGUGGAAUUAUGAUGAAGGUGCAGUCCCCCAUUGACAAGGUUGAAGCUUUUGACAAAAUCCUCCUAGAGAGCAGCGGGGAAGGGAAUGAUAAGAAGAAAGCACUGAGUGUUUACAUCGGAGAGGCAGUAGGGGACUUGCUGUGUUUGCUUAAAGCAGAUGUAGGGAUCGUGCUAGCUCCAAUCGAAAGUCUGAUAAGCGUGGCGAGUCAUUUUGGUGUCAAAUUUGUUCCACUCUUUACUGGUGUGGUUAAGAAGCAGAGGGAAUGUGUCGAGGUCGAGGGAGCAGACUCUUCUUCUACUUGGAAAGGGCUGUCCGGCAUUCUUUACACAGCCUCAAGCUGGGCUGAGAUACACGCUUUUGUCUUUGGCUCUUAGGAUAUUGAGAGAAAUGUUAAUACAAAAUAGAAAUUAGUGAGAUAGAUACAAUGAAUUCCUUUCUUUAUAGGCAGAAAUGUAAAUGUGAUUCAUUUGGCUGGAGAUAGAAACAAUACUUUUUGA